AUGAGGAUCAAGCUUAAUAGCCGUUUGUUAACGACUUUUGAUUGUGGUGGCAUAGUUAUAUCAGAUAAAUUUAUAUUAACAGCAGCGCAUUGUGUGUCGCCCAAACGACCAGUCCUUAUUCGAUUAGGAACAACUAGGUUGAUUGAUGAUAACCGCGGUUGGUAUGAUGAUUAUCAAGUGAAGCACAUUUUCAAACAUCCCAGCUAUUCAGUUUUGACAAAAAGGAAUGAUAUUGCAUUGAUUGAGGUAACGAAAAAUAUUUACUUUACGGAUGAAAUUGGACCGGCUUGUUUGGAAACAGAUAUACGAGACCAACCAUGGAAUGUAAAUCUUAUGGUGACAGGUUGGGGUUUAACUGUGGAUCCGUCAGUAAAUGUAUCUUCGAGAUCAAAUGACUUGAAAAUGGCACAACUGUCCACAAUGCCAUUACGCCAGUGUAAUGCAACGGUUAUCGAAUGGAAUAAAAUGCCAAAUGUUGCACAAUUUCGAAACGGUCUCUCUGAGGGUCAAUAUUGUGCAUACGAUCCAAAGGGAAUAAGAGAUGCUUGCCACGGAGAUAGUGGAGGGCCACUCCAGUAUUUCAACGGAGUCAGCUCGGUUGCAAAGAUUGUAGGCGUCGUGUCAUUUGGGGUUGUCUGUGGUGGUACAACUUUCCCAGGAAUUUAUACAAGAGUGGCUUAUUAUUUGGAUUGGAUCGAACCGAUCGUAUGGCCAAAUCAAGUUUGAUAUCAGAAGUGGCAGGCGUUUAAGUAGGAAAAGCUUGGAUAUUUGAUGAAAUCUCAAUGGAAAAGAACAUGCUCAUUCAAAUGAAACCGUAAAAAUAUGAUUAAAUAAAAGAAAAUGUUGUAAAAGUAUCUGUAGCUUCAAAUUAAUUUUUUGUUAAUAAUAGUCCGGUCAAGUUUUGAUAUAGAUAUCCCUGUCACUUAAACAUAGUAAAGCAUAUUUUUGUAUAUGAAUUGAAUAGCAGUCAAUACUUGAUCCGUUAUCAAUAAAUUUAAAAUUAUUAUUUGCGAAAACAAUUUAUCAACUAGAAUAGCCUAACUCACAAUCAGAAUAAAAUGUCUUACAUCCGUUAGAUGAACUUUUCCGCACUGUGA